ACCUCGUUGUGAACAGUCGUGUCCAACUAGUAAGAGUACUACGCACCACCUUUGGAUAUUUCGUCAUAACAAUAUUGUGUUUGUGGAAAAUAUUCAUUAAGGACGUGAAAAGUGGGAGUGAAACAUUUUAUUUAUUAUAACAAUAUUAUUGUGAACUUGGAAGCAGACGAUUUUGUGUAUUGCUGUUUUAUGUGGAUUAUGACAUUGUACCCCCCUUUUGGAUAAUUCCCGAAAAGGAGUACAUUAACACCGCAAAUAUUUUUAACUACAGUGAAGAUUCGUGCGGACCCAGUGUCGUCCGCCGAAACAUGGUUGCCGAAUUCAUCCUAAGCCAGCAACAGUUGCUGGGCGGCGCUGGAGGCGCUGCCCUGGGCCCGGCGCCCGCACCGCCCCGAGGCCCGCCACCACCCCGCGCGCGCCUCUCCGUGUCUCCGCAUUUUCCCCUCGAACCUCCUUCACCUAACAAUGGCCCUCCUGGGGACCACCCGGACUACCCUGGAAACUAUGAUUUCAACAAGCGCAAAGAAUUCUUCGGACAACGCAAACAGAGGGAGUUCAUUCCUGAUAACAAAAAAGACGAUGGUUAUUGGGACCGCAGGCGACGAAACAACGAAGCCGCCAAACGGUCCCGUGAAAAGCGCCGCUUCAACGACAUGGUGUUGGAACAGCGUGUUGUUGAACUCUCGAAGGAAAAUCAUGUCCUUAAAGCUCAACUGGAUGCCAUCAAGGAAAAAUACGGAAUCUGCGGAGAAACACUUAUCAGUAUCGACCAAGUACUAGCCACUUUGCCAACCUGUGAUCAAGUACUCUGUGUCACAAAGAGGAGUAAACUAACAAGUAAUACUCUAUUCCCUGCACCUCCACCGCCACCACCGCCACCGGCGUCUCCUCCGUCACCGGCGCCACAACGUGCACCUGAACCAUACCCAGAAAGGCUGCCAGCACCUGAAGCGUACUACCCACAUCCAGCACACUAUGAACCACCCGGUUCAGUACUCAACCUCUCUCGAUCUCGCCGUGCCCCCUCUCCCUAUGAACUGUCAUCUCUCUCAGGUUCCGGGGAUGAAACGACUGAACAAUACGCACCAGAGAAUAACUGCUUGCCGCUGAAACUGCGCCACAAGUCUCACUUAGGUGACAAGGAUGUCGCCAGCGCUCUAUUGUCACUCCAACACAUCAAACAGGAGCCGGGUCCUCGGUCGUCCCCGUCUUGGGACGGCGAGGGUUCAAGUGACGAGAGAGACUCUGGGAUAUCGCUCGGUGCUGAGUACAGGCCGCAGCGACCUGAGGAUAGGCUUGUGGAGGAAGACGACGCACAUUUAAAGGCUGAGCUCGCGCGGCUCGCGACCGAAGUGGCGACGUUAAAGAACAUGAUGCAUCAGAACAAAGCUCGCGGGCACGAGCACUGAGCGCGGUCGCGGGCACCUGGAGACCAGCCCCACUGCGCCUGGACCGCGCAGCCGCUCUGCCCGCGCCGUAGCCUCGUCGCAGCCUCGCCGCAGUCUCGCCGCACUCUCGUCGCAGCACGGCUGCAGCGUCCCCGCCCGUUUCGAUGACGUGUCGAUCUUGUUCGUACAAACUGUCUCCUACCCCCUUCCCCAAGUAGAAGUUACCACGUUGUAAAGAAAUGAGAAUAUAUUUGUAUCAUAUUGUGCAGCUGUAAGCGGCUAAGCCGUAUCGCCUAAUUGUAAUCCUUCCUAGUAGCUUUAUGUCGUGGUCGAUGUGUCGUGUAGGGAAAGAGAUCAGUCGUCGUAGGCGACGCGAAGUUUUAAAUGAAUUGAGACUCAUAUCGUUCGGAUUUAAGACUUUUCGAGCAGAUAAAACUUGUCUACUCAGUGAUAGAUAUAAAAAAUGCAUUUUUAGUGGUGAACUAUGUAUGUACCUAUAUGUAUAAUAAUUAUAUAAGUGUAGUAGAUCUGUUUCAUCUAUUCGAAGACUCGUUAGUGAACUCGAUGGCUAAAGACCUAUAUCGUUUAAGUAGAUGUAAGAUUGAUCUAAGUAAAUUUAAGUCCAACAUAGAUUAUUUAUAAACGUUUAUGUAUAGUAUUUCUCAAUCAGAUUGCCCUGUAAGUUCCAAACCAAAAAAAAUACGGAUAGGUCCUCAUGGAAUCGCUAUUAAUUUUAGAUAGAUUAUGUAACCUAACAAGAUCUUUCCUAAUGUUAAACCAGAUUGUAUUGAAUAAUCCGAUAGGAAUACCAGUGCCUUUGACAAUACAUACCUAUCUAUAAAUAGUUGCCCAAAGGCAUAUUUUUGUACAUUUAUUAAAUAAAACGGCGAUUUCAAUUCUAUAUUAAAAACAUUUUAUAAAGUUGGCCUCUACUAUGUGUUUGCGGAGAAUUAUGUGAACGAGUUUGAAAAGGCUUCUAGUAGAAGAGAUAUAUGCAAAGCGUUGCUCUUUUAAGAAGUUUAUCAUUAACUGUAUACUAGUCUAGUUCUCGUCUUUUCCAAAACACUUAGUUGUGGUCUUGAAUGUAAACAAAUUAUAAUCAAUCCUAAAGUUUAAUGGAAGUAUUCAAUGUGUAAGUUAUACUCCUAGUAUUGCCCAAAGGGCAUGUGAUAGGACUGAUGGAGUUAAAACUAUAAGUAUUUAUUUAUUGUUCGGACCGUGAAUGAGGAUUUUACAAUUUAUUAUCUUUGUAUAAGAAACACUAUACGAUAUAAAUAAAUUGUGUACAUUACAAUUA